AUGAUGGAUGCCUGGUCCGAUCGAAAGAGAAGAAGCAUUAUGAAUUUAUGUGUUAGUUCAAAGAUAGGUACCGUUUUUUUAUCUUCAAAAGAAUGUUCCGGUGAAGCACAUACAAGCCAACACAUAUAUGAGUAUGUGGAAUCUUGUAUUCAACAAGUUGGUCCCGAGAAUGUUGUUCAAGUUGUUACCGAUAAUGCCACGAAUAACAUGGGGGCGACGAAGUUGCUAAAAGAGAAAAUAUCAUCUAUUUUUUGGACAUCAUGUGUGACACAUACCAUUAACCUUAUGCUUGAAGGUAUCGGAGCACUCCCAAUGUUUAAAAAAUCCCUAGAUCAAGCAAAGAAACUAACCAUAUUCAUUUACGCUCACCACAAAACCUUGGUGAUGAUGAGAAGUUACACCAACAAAAGAGAAAUUAUCCGAUCGGGAGUCACGAGAUUUGCUACCGCCUUUCUAACAUUACAAAGUUUGUCUGAAAAAAAGGAGCAACUAAGACAUAUGUUCUCUAGCAACGAAUGGGAGGAAUGCAAAUUUUCCGGUAAGCCUAAAAGGAUUGCCUCAUAUAAAACUGUGACAAGUGUCCAAUUUUGGUCAAGUGUGACACAAUGUUUAAAGGUAUUCUCCCCUUUGGUGAAAGUCCUUCGAAUGAUUGAUGCGAAUUGGAAGCCCUUAAUGAGUUUUGUUUACGGGGAGAUUAAAAUUGCAAAAGAAGAAAUUAUCAAAUCUUUGGGUGGUAACGAGAAACAUUACAAGCCUAUUAUAGAUAUCAUAAACACAAAGAUGAAAGGUCGGCUAGAUUCAACUUUACAUUUGACAUCUUAUCUUUUGAAUCCGUAUUAUCAUUAUAAUGAUUCACAACUCCAAUAUGACCACGAUGUACAUACAAAGAAACGAAAUAGAUUGGAGACAACAAAUAAUUCUCUCUCGGCUCAAGAAUGGAUUGUUGAUUGUGAUGAGUGUGAUGUAGAUGAAGUAGAUCUUAAAAUGGUUGAUGAUGCUCUAGCAACCGAUGUUAGUCAAGCACCCCGAGAAAGUCCAAGAACGAAGGAACUUUUAGAUGAAGAUUUCGAGUCCGAGAGUGAGAGUGAGGAGCAAGUGUUGGAAGAAGAAGAAUAUGAGUCGGAUGGGGUUCAGAUAAUGGAAGUAUAUAAGCUAAUCUAG